GGGCAACAGCUGAAGGAUAAGACAGAUGAUCUCGCAAUUUACCAACUGGAUCUCAGCAGUUUCCAAAGUGUAAGAGAAUGCGCUAAGAGUUUACUAACAAAGGAACCAGUGAUUCAUAUUCUCAUAAACAAUGCCGGCAUUUUUAUGUAUCCAUUCGAGAAAACCGAGGACGGAAACGAGAUGCACCUGCAGUCGAAUCAUCUCGGACAUUUUCUUUUAACGCUGCUACUACUACCGAAAUUGCGAUUAUCUGGUUUUGGCUGCAGGAUAAUUAACGUAUCGUCUAUAGCGCAUUGGUUUGGCAAUAUAAAUUUUGAUGAUAUUAAUUUGGAAAAGUUUUAUGGACCAUGGAAAGCUUAUGCACAGAGUAAACUGGCAAAUAUUCUAUUUACUAAAGAACUCGCGCAUCAAUUAGCAAAGGCAGAGAUAGAAGGAAUAAAUGUUUACGCCUUACAUCCUGGUCUUAUACCUACGGAAAUAUCACGUUAUAGCGGCGACACCUUUUUUUAUGGUGCGGACAAACUUUUCAAUUGUUUUACAUGGAUGUUUUUUAAGAAUGUGAUGCAAGGAGCACAAACAACGAUAUAUUGUGCGGUAGAUGAAAAAGCGGGCGAAGAGACUGGGCUCUAUUAUUCUGAUUGCAGUCCUGCCAUGACAUAUAGCAGAGCAAUGAAUGCCGAUUAUAGCAAAAAGUUAUGGGAUAUAUCUUGUCGACUGUUGCAUUUGGAGCCCGAGGAAAAUCUUGUUGCAUUAUUGAAUACUAUUUCACGUCAAAUUGCUGAUUAAUCCGAGUCCAUAGCGCUUUUUUACCGAAGACAAUGCUGUCGGUCUGAUGGGAUUGGGAAGGUGUCAUUCACUUUGAGUUACUUCCAAAAAAU